CGCAAAACAGGGGGUGGAUUGGAGGCCAGAUUACAGGACUAUACAGAAAACAAACAUUCACUUCAAGAGGGUGAACGACAGCACUUAAGGUGAUUUUAAUCACGUUAUUUUUCCAUAAGGCUGCUCAGCAAGCUCUCCUCCAGUUCGCAGCGCGCUCGGAUCGGAUCGGAUCGGAUCGGCAGCUUUGUGGACAGAAGAUGCCCGGGCGAUUCUUUUCUCAGAUGGUUGCCGUGGCUGUGUGGUGGGCAUUUCUAAUCCAGUUUUCGAUCUCUUCUGCCAAUCCUAACUACCGGCGACACGUGGCCGCUGAUAAGAGGCAGAAUUUUCUACAGAGGACUCUGAUUUUACUGGACGUUAAUACGCGAAGCCCGGUGCGGGCAUUGAAUGACAACUUCUUAUCGCUGCAAGUCGACCCGUCCAUCCUGAAGAACGGCUGGCUAGACUUCUUGAGUUCCAAGCGUUUAGUGACUUUGGCUAGAGGACUUUCUCCAGCUUAUUUAAGGUUUGGAGGCAAGAGGACAGACUUUCUCCAGUUUCAUAAUCUCAAAAAUUUAGCCAAGUUUAGAGGACCAGGACCAGAUUAUUACCUCAAGAAUUAUGAGGAUGACAUAGUGCGAAGUGACAUUGCCCAGGAUAAACAAAAGGGGUGUAAGUUGGCCAGUCACCCUGACAUGAUGUUGGAGUUGCAAAGAGAUAAAGCAGCUCAGAUGCAACAAGUUUUACUGAAGGAGCAGCUUUCUAACCACUACAGCGAUGUCAUGAUAACAGCCAGGUCUUUAGACAAACUGUACAAUUUUGCUGAUUGUGCUGGUCUGCACCUGAUCUUUGGGCUCAAUGCUCUACAUCGGAAUCCUGACAACUCAUGGAAUGCCUCCAGUGCGUUAAGUUUGUUAAAAUACAGCGCUGGCAAGAAGUAUAACAUAUCCUGGGAGCUGGGCAAUGAGCCGAACAGUUACCGCACAAUGGUAGCUCAUUCAGUCAACAGCAGUCGACUGGCUCAGGACUACAUUUUGUUGAAGACUCUGCUACAGUCUGUCCGCUACUACAGCCGGGCCAAUCUCUAUGGUCCCAACAUUGGCCGUCCUCGCAAAAACGCAAUCAUGCUUCUAGAUGGGUUCAUGAAGAACGGUGGAUCUGUUGUUGAUGCAGUUACGUGGCAACAUUUUUACAUCGAUCGGCGUGUGACUAAAGUGGAAGAUUUUUUGAAAACACGUCUUCUGGACACACUAACAGACCAGAUCACAAAGGUGUUAAAGAUCGUAAAGAUGCAUGCUCCUGAGAAGAGGGUGUGGUUGGGAGGAGUUGGUCCUGCAUGGUCUGGAGGCAUCAGUAAUUUGUCAGACACAUUUGCAGCUGGACUAUUGUGGCUAAACACUCUUGGCAUUUCUGCAAUGCAAGGAAUUGAUGUAGUACUUCGACAUUCUUUUUUUGACUAUGGUUACAGCCAUCUAGUGGACCAGCAAUUCAAUCCUUUACCGGAUUACUGGCUGUCACUGCUUUUUAAGCAUUUGGUGGGUCCCAGGGUGCUGGCAGUACAAGUUGCUGGGCUCCAAAGAAAGCCGCGUCCUGGGAAAGUGAUCCGGGACAAGUUACGCAUCUAUGCCCACUGUACAAGCUUUACCAAUCACAAUUAUGUCAAGGGCUCCAUAACAAUCUACAUCAUCAACUUGCAUCGGUCGAGAAAGAAAAUAAAGCUGGCUGGGACAUUACGAAAUAAAACAGUUCACCAAUACCUGUUACAGUCGUUUGGAGCUGAUGGUCUUCACUCAAAGUCCGUGCAGCUGAAUGGAGAACCUUUGGUCAUGUUAGACAGUGACACUUUUCCUGAGUUAAAACCGCGGAUACUGAGAGCAGGACGAACAAUACUCAUGCCCCCAGUUUCCAUCGGCUUUUAUGUCAUCAAGAAUAUCAAUGCCUAUGCUUGUCGCAGAUAAUACACAAUCAGAUUUUUGUGAAAAGGAACUGCCCUUCAUAUAAGCAAGGGUUGCACUGAAUCCCUUAUAAAAAAUAUAUAUCCCUUGCCUUCACUCUACAAGCCCAACACUGUUUCUGAAAGAGCAUUAAUUUUCUCCCACAUCCAGCUAUCACUUUGGUUUUUAGUGUUCCUUGUAUUUUGGGGGAUAUCAAAGCGAAAGCCGUCUUAAAUCAAUCCAGUGCCCUGGGUUUCUUUGAUCUAGAUUUCUUACUGUCAUUGGAAUGCUGGUCAUCCUGGAGAAUAAUGUUAAAUAAUGUUAAUUUAUAUUAACUAAAAGGAUGAUAAAAAGAAAUAAAAUAAUAGCGCACUAGUUGUAUUACUAGAUGUUGUAUGUUGUGGUAGAGAAUGUUACUGUUUACUCCCUGCAGCAAAUAUUACUCAUAGUCCUUGUCACCCUAAGGUGUAGACUUGUGUAAACAUAAAAGCCUAAUAUUUUAUCUGCUCUAUUUUUCCCAGUUAUUUUAUAACGGUUUAGUACAAAGUUAUAUUAUUUUUCUUUUUCUUUAUUGGUAACUGGACAUAAAGCCUGAACUACAAAUGUGACAAAUGAAAGUGUAUUUAAUAUCUGUUCAGCUCAGGAAAUAGGUCAUAUUCUCUCAUUUUAUUUAGUCUGUUAUUUGCUUCUCUCUUUUCAUACUGUACAUUAUAGGUUGUUUACCUGUGCAUGUUAACCAAACAGACACACACUUUGUACACUGCCAUAACACUGUAAGCCUUUAUUUCAUCUGAUUUAUCUAUCUCAGGCUCCAUCAAAAAUUCUUCCUGAAACUGUACCCAGCACUACCUUAUAGAAUAUAUAGUGUAAAUAAAUGUACAGUCAAUCCCUUGUGCUGCUAGACAUUUGGUAAAUAUUACGCUUGACAAGUACCAAUUUAUUUUAACAGAUAUGCACAUAAUUGUUCUGUGUACAUAUGUUUAUCAUAGACGUUUUGGUGUGUGCUGUUUCUUUACCUAUAUUAUUUAUAGAAAUAUAUAUUUGUAUAUAUUUUAACCUGUUGAGAUAAAAAAUCAAAUAUUGUAGUUUAAUAAAUUGUUUACUAUUUCUUUCAUUCUUUUUUUUCUGUAAAGCAUAUGGGAACCCUCACAAGAAGAGACUCCUAUCUAGCCAAAGUAAUAGCAUGUUCAUAAUGAAUGCAAAGUACAGCCCAUGCUGUUUCUAUAUAAUGCCUUAAUGUUUUCUCACAUUGUGUAAAACCUUUAAGUGAUAAAUUGUCUAAUUAUAUAAUGCUCAAAGUGGAGCUGAGAUACUGCUGGUUUGUGGCUGCAAACUGUUUUGUGACAAACAAAGUAAAGAAGAAGUAAAAUUUAUUGUAAUAUAAGAAAGUAAAAUGGUAUGAAUCAAAGUUUGAAAUAAUUCAUUCACAUCACCAGUCUUGUCUCAUGAAGUGUUCUUAAUUGAUGCUAACCUCUGGGCAUUUCCAUCUUGGUAUUUAAACAAGCAUCUAUAAAUACUUUGAUAAUGUAUAGCACAAAAAACACAGGUUCACUGUUAAGGGUUUGUCUCAACCCAAGCUCAGUGGCUGAGUUAGCGUCAUUCUUUUAUGAAUGUGUUUACAGAUUAUUUGAUGAUGUUAUUAUUUAAUUUUUAUGUUUUAUUGUGUAAAAUAUCUGUUUGCACAUUAUUUGUUUAAAUAUGCUACCACUAAUAAAAUAAUAAUUUAAACUUGUAUUUUUUUUUUCAAUAGAGCAGUGUUUAUGCAGUGAGAUUUUAAGCAGUGUUUAAGUGAUGAGUUUAUUAGACCGUGUUUAUGCAGUCAGAUCGUAUUUAGGCAAUAAGUUUUUAGAUUAUGUUUAUGCAGGGAGUUGUCAGUGUUUAUGCAGUAAGUUUUAAACAGGGGUGCAGUUUUUAGGCAGUUAGUUGUUAGACAGUAUUUACACAGCCCAGAUGGCAAAAUUGUUAUGACACAGUUCUACCUGUACCACUUUGAUCUGGCAUACAUACCACAUGGAAUGGUGGCCCUCGUGUGGUCCACUCCCGUUUGCCAAAUGCCAAAAGCACAUUUGAACCAUUAUUACAUAUUUACAGAUUCUACAAUAAGAAUUAAAAAAAUGAUA